AUGGAGAAAGGGCAAGGGAUAUCAGAAUUUUCACUUCCUCAAGAAAUAAUCUUCCAGAUACUUAAGCAGCUUCCUGUAAAAAGUUUGUUAAGAUUGAGGUGUGUUUCGAAACUUUGGUGCUCCAUUAUUGACGAUCCCUUUUUUGUUCAGUCACACCACAAUCGCUCCCAUACUCGUCCUGGUGGUAUCAGUAUCCUCCACUCUAGGAUAAACGACGACGACGAUACUUGUAGACUCGAGUUGGCAGACCCCGAGGUUGAUUCAGUCCAGCACAUUCUAAAUUUGCCUCACCUAAGAUAUCGAAAUCUACAGUAUCACAAUGGCCUCAUCUGUAUAGAAAACUGCAUAUUAAAUCCUAGCACACGAGAAUGCAUAAUCAUCCCACCACCAUCCAUUAGUAAGACUAAAGCUUCCUUCGAGGAAUACUUCCUAGGGUUUGAUUCUUCAGCUAACAAACCCAAAGUCCUUUACAGACGCUCUAUUAUUACUAAACUACACCCUCCAGUAAGACUUGAGUGCAAGAUUCUGACGCUCGGCACCAACUCCUGGAGAGACAUUGAUGGUUCCAUCAAUUCUUAUUGGAAAUCCAGUCUUUCUUGUUGCAUUGCAGGUGUUAUAUAUUGUAUAUAUUGUUUAGAUCGUAAAUCGGAUGAAAAUGUGUUGAUGGCUUUUGAAGUGGAACACGAGAAGUUUUCAGUCAUGUCUCUCCCGGAAGGCGCAAAUUCUGCCUGUUCUUUAGUACAGGUUGGAGAACGUUUGGCUCUGAUGGACUUUGAUAGGAAGACAAUUUGGAUAUCGGAAGACUGCCACAAGCAACUGUGGAACAAACAGAGCCUCAAAAUGAUGUACAAGGGGGAGCCACUAAUAAAUAAGUAUGGUGUGUCCAUGAUACCAUACGGUACCAUUCAUACCUCAGAGAUAUUAGUCGGCUUAUUUUUCUCAUCCAAAGAGACACCGAAACUGUCUUAUUACGAUUUAGAAAGUAAAAAGUUAAGGAUCCUCAAAAAAGAGGCUCCGCAUGUUCGCUCCUGUACCAAAUACGUGGAGAGCUUAUUUCGGUUGAAAGGGUUGUGA